AUGUAAUAAAAACUAGAGUAAGAAGAAGAAGUUAGAAAUGAUAAUGAAUUCAUUUAAAUCUUAUAAAAAGUCAUAAUUGAAUGUGAUGGAUUUUAUGAAUUAAGUUAAUACCUAACAAUCAAUAAUCUAUCUUUCAAUGUAUUUAAAUCAUUUCUAUAUAGCUUAUUCAAAACUUAUUUUUAUAAGUUGUGAAUCAAGAUAAUAUUAAAGAGAAAUUAGAAUAAAAUUUAUAAAAGAUAAUUGAAGAAUUCGUUGUGUUUAAUGUGCCAAGGUAAUUAUUAAAAGUGCUUUUUUUAUUUUUAUAAAAAAACAAAGACUAAAUGAAUUUAAAAUAGUAUUAGGAUAAAGGAAUUGUUAAAAUAUGGAAGGAUUUAAAAGUUUAAGAUAUGCUUGAAUUUCUUAAUCUUUUUUCAUUAAAAGAACAAAUUCCUGAAAAAGAGUACAAUUUAUAAUCUAUUUUAGAUUUGAAAAAUAUUUUAAGAAUUUACUUUAUAAAUAGAAAUUUGAGGAUGCCUACUUAUUAUAUAAAAAUAUAAAAUUACCAAAGGAUUGUUUUGAUCAUUUAAUUUAGCAAAUGCAAAACAAAAGGGAAACCAAUAAAGCAGCAGAAUUUAUUAAGAAUUCAAAUUAUAAUCCAGCUGAUUAUCCUAAAGUAGUUGAGGUGUUAUAAAAAAAUUGUAUAAAAUAUAUGUCCAAAGAACAUCCUUGGUAUAAAAGUGAAGAAAUGCUAUUGUAUUAGCCAUAGUUAUUAGCCCUAUUAUGUGAAAAUGCAUAUUAUAAUGGUUUGCCAACAGAAGCACUAUCAAUUAUUAAAAGAAAUAAUCUAAUAGACUUAAUAAAGACAAGAGUUUAGGAGGAAAAAUUAUAAAUAAAUUAUCAUAAAGGAUUCUAAGAGAUCCCAAAUAUAUUGUUUGAGAAGGAUGAAUUUAAACCUACAGAGGAGUUUGUUAAUAAUGAAAUUGGUGUUUAUUUGCAUUGCAAAGAUUUUGGUUAUACUGAAAAUCAAAUAAUAUUAAUUGAUAAAGUUGAUGAGAAUUAUUUUGAUGCAUGGAAAUAUAUUCAUUCAAGUAAUGCUGUUGGUAUUUUUUUAUAUUAAUUAAAAAGGUUAUGAUUGUGAGCAUGUAACCCCUUGGACAAAGUUGGAUUAUUAUGGAUUUAGAGUUUGUUUAGUUUAAAUUGCUACUAAAAACCAUGUUUUUAUCUUUGACUAUUAAAAACUAAAAGAAGCUUUAGAAUUUAAAAAAGAUGUGAGAUAGUUGAUGGAGAAUGCUUAAAUCAUGAAAAUUGGCUUGGGUGUGGAAGAUGAUCUUAAGCAUACUGUAAAUUACUUGAAAUUAAAGAAUAUAAAAAUUAGAUCAGUUAUAGAAUUGUCAUCGUGUUUCAAAUUGUUAGAGGAAGAAAACAAAAAAAAAUCCUUAGCCUAUAUAACUGAAUUCUAUUUUUUGAAAAAAUUGAGUAAAUAUGAAACUUGUAGUAAUUGGGAAUAUAGGCCAUUAAGAAAGGCUUAAACUCAUUACGCUGCAUUAGAUGCAAUAAUUUCUUUAUAGAUAUAUUUAAAAAUGAAAGAGAAAAAUAAUGAUUUAAUAGAACAAUAAAAAAAUGACUUAUCUAUGGGUUGA